GAUGGGAAGGGCGUUUGCAACUGUGUACACUUUCAAUGCAGAAUGAAACAGAUAGCACUGUAAAGAAUUGCAUUUCUUUCCACUUGUUCAAUAUACUCAUUGAUGAGUUUAACACCUUAUCGUGUAAAUGAGCUGGAGUGCUGGUCUGGAGCCUAUUUGUAUCAUCAACACAGACUCUUCUCCGGAUUAUUAAGGAACAAUGAGUUGGAGUUUACUGCGUGAUGUUUUGAGUGGAGUGAAUAAAUACUCCACAGCACUGGGCCGAAUCUGGCUGACUGUUAUGUUCAUAUUCCGAGUCCUUAUCUACGUGGUGGCAGCUGAGCGUGUCUGGAAUGAUGAGCAGAAGGAAUUCACGUGUAACUCAAAACAGCCUGGUUGUGAAAAUGUGUGUUUUGACCACUUCUUUCCCGUGUCUCAAGCAAGACUUUGGGCACUGCAACUUAUUAUGGUUUCCACCCCUUCCCUUUUGGUUGUCAUGCAUGUGGCUUACAGGGAGAACAGGGAGAAGAAAUAUCACAAGAAAUUGUAUGUAGACAAAGGGAACAUAGAUGGGGGCCUGUGGUGGACUUAUGUUUUUAGUCUACUGUUCAAAUCCGGAGUCGAGGUUGGCUUUUUGAUUAUGUUUAACUGGAUUUAUGAAGGAUUUUCUCUUCCUCACAUUGUGAAAUGUGAGGUCAAACCCUGCCCCAAUGUGGUAGAUUGUUUUAUUGGUCGGCCAACAGAGAAGACUAUCUUUCUCUAUUUCAUGGCUAUCUCCUCGGGACUUUGUAUUGUGCUGAAUAUUUGCGAGCUGAGCUACCUUUUGACAAAACGCUGUGAACUAUUCUGGGCCAAGCGAUAUGGUCAGCAAGGUCAAAGAUUCAAUCAAGUUAAUGUCAAAAGUGAUCUGUUGAGAAGAAAAUCUGAAUUGAAAGAUCUAAAAGCACUUAAAAAUGGCUCUUUGACUUCUUCCACUAAUUUUCACACAAUGUGAAAUCAGUUCUACCGAUUCAUUCACCAGAGGUACCCCCACUUGUAAAUCCACCAACACUGACAUUGUGCAGCCAGCAUUACAACAUCCAGGAUCACUACAAUAAUGAUGUUAUUGCCUGGAAUUUCUUAUUGGUAUUGUUUGAAGAAGUUUCUCAAAUGCUUGUGAAUGGGAUGGUGAUGCAUAGAACUGAGAAUUUAUCAUGCCACGUUUAGCAUUUUACCAUUAGAGAAAAGAUACCUGGCAGAGUGACAUGUAAAUAAUACCCCAAUUUGUUCAUCAGUCCUGAUCCCACGUAGAAAUAAAUGAGGAAUCCCUGCACCCAUAUAUGACUGUUUUAAAGAACCAUUUGUUCCUUUUGUACAUCAUAAACAGAAGAUACUUCCCUCUCACGUAACUUGCAUGUUCUGACAUAAAAGGGUAAAAUGUACUGUGAUCCAGAGAUCUUGUUCAAAAGUCCUGAAGGGCUAUUUGUAAGAUUUAUCUUUUCUCAAAUUGGUAUCUGCAAGAGUUGAUAUUCCCAACUCUUCCCUCCACAAGCUGCAGAUUAUUCAGAACUUUGCAGC